GAAGAUGUUGACGUUCCCAGCAGGCGAGUUUUGAUCACUGGUGCUACGGGACUUCUUGGCAGAGCUGUGUUUAAAGAAUUCAAUGAAAACAACUGGAACACAGUUGGCUGUGGAUACAGGAGAGCUCAGCCCAGAUUUGAACAUGUUAAUCUUCUGGACUCUAUUGCAGUUCAUGACAUCAUCCAUGAUUUUCAGCCUCAUGUUAUAGUGCACUGUGCUGCUGAGAGAAGGCCAGAUGUUGUAGAAGGUCAACCAGAUGCUGCUUCUCAGCUCAAUGUGGCUGCUUCAGCAAACUUAGCAAAGGAGGCAGCUGGAGUUAGAGCAUUUCUGAUCUACAUUAGCACAGACUAUGUAUUUGAUGGAACAAGCCCUCCAUAUAAAGAGACUGAUGUGCCAAAUCCCCUGAAUUUAUAUGGUAAAACCAAACUGGAGGGUGAGAAGGCAGUUCUGGAAAACAAUGAAGACACUGCAGUACUUAGGAUUCCUGUCUUGUAUGGGGAGGUGGAAAGACUGGAGGAAAGUGCUGUGACAGUUAUGUUUGAUAAAGUGCAGUUCAGUAAUAAAUCUGCCAACAUGGACCACUGGCAACAGAGAUUUCCUACCAAUGUCAAGGAUGUAGCAGCUGUUUGCAGACAACUAGCAGAGAAGAGAAUGUUGGACCCAUCAAUAAAAGGAACCUUUCACUGGUCUGGCAAUGAACAGAUGACUAAGUAUGAGAUGGCCUGUGCAAUUGCUGAUGCUUUCAACCUUCCCAGCAGCCACUUGAGACCAAUUACUGACAGUCCAGUUGUGGGUGCUCUUCGUCCCAAGAACGCUCAGCUGGACUGCUCCAAGCUGGAGAUGCUGGGGAUAGGGCAGAGAACACCAUUUCGAGCUGGGAUCAGAGAAUCACUUUGGCCUUUCCUUGUUGACAAGAGAUGGAGACAGACAGUCUUCCAUUAGUUUGUAACUUUUUUUAGUAAAAGUAUGGUAUGUGGCACUUUUUUAAAAGAAAAAAAAAUAGUUUUGUAUGAGUGUUCUUAAAUUGUGACAUUUAUGAGCUUUCAUUUAAUUGGGUAAACAAAUGGUCUUGCACUAGUGAAACUUAGCCUAAAAAAAGUUCAGUGACAAAAACUGAGCCUAUUUGAUGUCAUGGAUUUUUUCCUUCCAUUUAUACCAGUCUAACUUGCUAUCUGUUCUUGGUGGGUUGAGGUUCUUAGUAAUGAGUACUGUGUGAUGCUAAGAAUGACUCCAAUCACUUGCUGACUUAGUUUUGGCUGAAAUGUUGUUGAUGCUUAAGGUCUGUGCCAUUGUUGUAUAUACCAUUUCUCUUCAUUAAAAGACAUGGUCAGUUA